AUGAGGGCCAACAACACCUCUCGUGGGUUGAGCAGUCCCUGUUCGACGAACGAUGGAAUCUCGCCCAAUGGAUCCCCCGAUACCAAGCUUACAGCCUUCUCACCCGAGGAUGUACGAUCUAAAGGUCGUCCUGAAACCGGUGUUGUUACCUCCCUCGGCGACGCCGGAUUCCGCAGGCUGUACACAGUGCACCCAGCCGAUCCAUUUUUGGUGCCGCUAAACACAUCUAAUCGCGGGCAGCUGUCCCCACACGCAGCAAGCUUCACCCCUAUUGGGAUAGCCGGCAGUGCUGCCAGUGAUAUCCAAGUUCGCGGCCGUUCGAAUAUCGGCUCCUUGAAUGCUCAAGCUAACGUUGAAAUCCGCGGAGCCAGAAGCGGACCGGGGGGAGUAUAUGAGCAGGGCCUACCGAAUUAUGGGCCUAUUGGCCGUGCUCCAAUCGCUCAAAAAGGCCGCCCAACUGGCAUUUUCACCGGAAAUUUUGACAACGACAGACGUAGCCGCGCAUUUGCCAUUGAAAAUGUUCCGGCCAGUCUUAACUUCAUGUCUUUGGCUGGUUUCUUCAAUCGUCGCGAGUUUGCAACUCUCAGAGGACCAGUUCUUAAUGAACUCAGCUCCUUGGGCAAAGUGUAUGUUGCAUUUGCAGAUAGUCGUGAGGCGAAGAAGGCAAUCGAGAAGGUUCGCCUUCUUCGACCUGAAUGGCGUGUUUUCCCACUUACUGCGAAGGAAUAUGUGCAGCAUUCCGAGCCAUCUCUUCUCCAGCAGACAUCAGAUUAUGAAGGGCAUUUGCUUGUGUCUGUGUACUACGACAGCCGAAACCCCACGUUCAACUCGCAUACUGUAGCGCGCUCCCUCCAAACACUUGCAACGACGUUUGGGGACCUCAAGGCAUUCGAACUACUCCCCAGGGGACAAGACAAUGUCAGCGAGUUCCACCUCGAGUUCUAUAACACGCGUGAUGCUGAUAAUGCAAUGGUGACACUGAAUGGCACCACAGUCGAUGAUUGUAUUCUGGAGAUUGCUCUGUUCAAGCCCGACGUCACCGAAGACAGACCAUUCAAUGUUCUGCCGAGCUCAUCCCCAGUGAAGGAUGGAGGCUCACGCUAUGGUACUUCAUACCACAGAAGCUCGCCGUCUGCCCCAACACGCCCGUUCAGAACGCCUUAUAUGGAGCUUAGCCCCACUGGCCGCUCCACUGUGCCUUCAGGAGAGCACGCCGGUCUUAUGGAUUGGAUGUCGAGGGUAGGAGAGAAAAACUUGCACUCGCCUCGGCGCGAGAUCAGUCGUUAUCCUGAUGCCCGCGUCAUUAGCCAAAAUGCCGUUGAUAUCGAAAGAAUUCGCCUUGGCUUAGAUGUCAGAACAACUAUCAUGCUCCGCAAUAUCCCGAAUAAAAUUGAUCAAACUAUGCUCAAGGCGAUCGUUGACGAGACCAGCCACGGGAAGUAUGACUUCAUGUAUUUGCGUAUUGGUAAGAAGGAGUACUCUUGGUUUGAUUUCAAGAUGAAGCUAACUCCCAGCCUUCUAGACUUUGCGAACAACUGCAAGUGA